AUGAUAUUCCCAUCAAAGAGGCCUCUAACGUUGAAUUCCUCUAGGUUCCCUCCAUUCCUACGCAGCCACGUCCAAGAUGCUCUCACUUUGGCGUGGAACUCCAAUACGCCUCUCCAGCCCGAGUCUCCCGCUCAUAUCGCCGCAUCUACCCUUAUACGCCAACUCGAUAAUUCGCUCUCUUCUUAUACAUUCAUUGACUUCUGUGCCGGCGGAGGGGGACCUAUACCCGCGAUCCAGCAAGCCAUCAACAGCCAUCUCAGCUCUCUGGACGAGCCGCCCGUCGACUUCAUCCUGACCGAUCUACACCCUAAUGUCGCGGCAUGGCAGAAAAUCGCCAAUGAAUAUCCGCAAAUCACGUUUGAGAGUCGGCCUGUGAAUGCAAGCAACGCUUCAAGUAUCUUGUGGAACGCCAAGAUUGGAAACAAUGUGAUGCGGCUGUUCAACUUGUCCUUUCACCACUUUGACGAUACUCUCGCAAGAGGCAUUCUUAAAGACACAGUCGAUACGGGUCAUGGGUUUGCCAUCUUUGAGCUUCAAGACCGUAGCUUCGCAAGUGUGAUUAGCGUCUUGAUGUUCGGAGUCGCAGCAAUAGCCAUGGCACCGUUCGUGGCCUUGAAACGGCGGUCUCUGUCCAUAUUCAUAUUUUCCUGUAUCAUCCCCGUACUCCCUUUUGUCCUGGUAUUUGAUGGAAUUGUUUCGUGUCUGAGGAUGAGAACGCCGGGGGAAGUAGAGACUCUCCUUCGUGGCUGUGGAGUGGACACGAGUUUAUGGGAGAUGCAGAGUGGGAGACGCAAAUUCAUCUGGCCAUGUGGAUAUCUUAAUUGGAUCAUUUGUAAACCCGUCGAAGAGUCUUAA